UUUGGUCAUCCGUACCAACCAGAUAAAGUCCUUGCCCGGCCGUAAACACUCAUUCAUACAUUCAACAGCGGACGUAGUAGUACUUAUACUCCAACACUACUCGCGAUACCCUUUUGGUAUCAAGUAGCGGAGAUUUCUUGAACUAUUUUCCUUUGAAGUACAUAGUAACCUAGACACCAAAAUGACCAUGGACAACUUUCAAGAGGCCGUCCACGUUACCGAGAUCACCCACCAGAACCUUCGGGCGAUGUUGGAGGGCUGCGCCGAGAGGCUACUGCUGAUCGACACGCGCCCGUUCCUGGCGUUCAACACUUGCCACGUUCUGAUGGCCGACAACACACACUUUCCUGCCAUCAUCAAGCGCCGGUCGAAGGGUACAGUCGGCCUGGAUCACAUCGUCAAGGACGUGGAAAAGCGGCAAAGACUACAGGCUGGGUUUUACUCGGACAUUGUCGUGUACGAUGACAACUCUGACGGACCACAACACCUUACCAACGACAGCACGACUCAGCUCGUUCUGAACGGACUCAGGCAGAACUGUUCCCACUGUCAUGUGGCCUUCUUGAAAGGCGGCUUUGACACCUUCAGUGCGGAAUACCCCGAUCUGUGCCAGUGGAGCAGCCCGCCUGUCAGUCCCAUGGGCUUCUCCCCAACAUCGUCUGCAACCCUCACGGCCAACUCCACCUCAGCUCUGUCAACAGCGACACCUGGCAGCGAGCCUGUGUACGACAGGGGUCAGCCUGUGGAGAUUCUGCCAUACUUGUAUCUGGGCAGUGGAUACCACGCCUCAAGGAAGGACAUGUUGGAAGCACUGGGCAUUACAGCAUUGCUGAAUGUUUCCCGAACCUGCCCCAACCACUUUGAGUCAGAGUACAUGUACAAGUGUAUCCCAGUGGAAGACACUCAGAACGCUGACAUCCAGGCUUGGUUUCAGGAGGCCAUUGACUAUAUAGACUUGGUGAAGCUGUCUGGAGGCCGUGUGCUGGUCCACUGUCACGCCGGCGUGUCCCGUUCAGCCACCAUCUGUCUCGCCUACCUCAUGCACACCAACAGGGUCAGGCUGGACGAGGCCUUCGACUUUGUGAAGCAGCGACGCAGCGUCAUCAGCCCCAACUUCAACUUCAUGGGGCAGCUUCUGCAGUGGGAGGCUCAGCUCCACUCCGCGGCUCCUCCUAGUGGUAGUGCAGGGAACUGCAGCAACCAUGGACAGGUGCGCCCCUUCUGUUCCAGCCCCACAGCCUCUGUUUCAUCUCCAGCGCCCAGGAAAAGGAUCAGGUCGGCCUCCUGCGCUCCUCUCGCACGGUCGCCCUGUUUCGUCUUCCCCAUGCCGAGACAGGAUCAGCCCCUCAUGUCACCUUCUUGAAGAGGCCUCUGAGUGUCUUAAACUUUGAAGAUUUGAUUUUACAAGACGCUGGUUCGUCUAUUUUCCAGUCAAGUCACUGGCAUGGUGCCAUGGAACGGCUGGGUUGCCUUCCUUAGGGCAGAGUUAGUAGUUACGCUACUAACUGUCAGUUUGGUUAGGGUGCCUCUCGUCAGAACUUUUGUGGUAACAAGCGACUCCUAGCGACAGAAUAGCAAAUAUACGUCUGUGAAUGUUUGUAUGAAAGUUACUUGUCAUGGAGUUCCUCCCCUCCCUGAUAGGGAGUUGGAUUAGAACCUCCAGUCUAGGAAAGCUUUACCACUUAACCACCCAGAAUGGGUGUGUGAUGUGCCCUGUACAACUGGUAACAAAAAUACCUCAGUGCAAUAUUUGAUACAAUAGCUUGUUCUUUCCAUAGUUGAUACUGAUGUCUGUUCAUCAGGUGCAUUUAGUCAUAGGCGCACAAGGCAGAGACUUUGUUACAGCAAAGAGAUUUCUAUUGUGCUUAGAAAUUUCAGGAACACUAGACUGUAAACAGUUGCUACCAAAAUGUCAAAGACAAGUCAUGGAGAGCAUAUGAGAAUCAUGUUCAAAAGCUACUACCAAAGUGUACUUUUUCACCAUGAGUGUGUGUACACUAAAUGUGUAUGGUGCAUACCUAUUGAACUCUACAUGGGCUAUUCCAUCAGGCAUUUCUGAGCUCGAGAACCUUUACAAAAUUUUUGAAUUACCUGGUACAUACCUUUAUCUUUGGAUUAGUUUCAACAUCUUGCCAUUUUUCCUUGAGCCACUUCUUAUAUGCAGGACUGGUGGUCUUAUUGUUCGAACCCCUCAGAUGGAAUAGCCCACAGAUAAUGAUGUUACAUGGAUUACCUUAUCUGGGAUUUGUUUCAAAUCCAUGUUAUAACACACAUAUAUAUUUUUUUCUUUGUUAUGGAGUUAAUAUAUCAUUUAGAUUUACAUGCUGAACACUUUUUACAUGUACAUGUACUUAUUUUUACCAAGUUCUUUUUUUUUUACUUUUCUACAAUAUAUGAAAAACAUUGGUUUGGAGAAAACUGUCACAUUCCAGGAUGCUGGAUGAAGCAUCAAGAAGCAAUAUGCAUGUUGUUAAUCCACCACAGACAAUAACAUGUAUCUGGAAAGUCUCAUAAAUACUAUUGAAUGGAUACAUUCUACUGUACACAACAAGGCAUUGUGGGAUACAUCCCUGAAGACCUUGAAUGCUGGAUGGUUGGAUACAACCUGUAUGCAGUUUUCACCACACAAGAACAAGCAUUUGUUGUAUCUCUGCCAAAGAGUACUCUACUCUCACUGAGAGUUCUGUUUGUUUCAAGAAUAAAUUAUUCUGAACAGAAACAAG